AUGAGGGUAGCCUCAUUUCCCAUGCGGAUCCUCGUGCUUUUGUCAUCUCUGCCCUUGGUGACCUCUAGCAACAGCUCAUGCAGCUACGAGCCUGCAAAGGAAGAUCAUGUGGGGCAAGUAUGGUUUGAAAUUUUCGGCAAUGGCAGUUUCAUUCACUCGCAAGGUGAUCCGGACAUGAAUGAAGUCAACUUCUUGCAGAUGGGUGUGGCCUCAUUUGCGCAACCUGGCAACAAUCCCUUCAUCCUCGCACGCACACUCGCGCGGGGAACUUGCGUGCUCCCUCCCCACUCGCCUCUCAUUUCAUCCACCCACAGACGCCACGCCCCAGAUGCUUCAAGCAUCAUCUUCAUCGUCAGGUCACGCUAA